UCGCAUUACGAUACCCUCAAAACAGCACAAUGUUGUCCGUAGUUAUUCCAGUUCCAAACUUAAAAAUGUUCACAUCCACCAACGUCAGAAAAGACACCACAACAUAACGCCAACAGGAAGAAGAAGACUUCUUCUUUGGGACAAUAGAAAAAGAACAUUUCUUUUUUCUCCAUCAACAACGACGACAUCGUCGUCCAAAUCGAUACGUAAGAAACGAAACGCAAAAAGAAAUUAUUGAAAAGUAUUUUUUGUGAAAAAAUUCAGUGUUGAAAGUGCGUGGAUUAUCCAUAUUUGUGCUAUUCCGGAGUUCAGAGCAAACGGUGCUCUCUAUGUGAAGAAAAUCAAUGGCCAAAAAGGAAGCUACAACCAAGAAAAGUAUAAAAAACGAAAAAUGUACCCUUGCUUGUGCUGAAUAAAAAAAAACAACAAUCAUAAAUUAAGAAAAAAAAAACGCUAAAUGCUUAACGCUUAAACGCACCAACACCCAGAAUCACAUACACAAAUACACACACAUAUUUAUAUGCUCUCAAAUUGACAACUGGAGGACUUUUCAAGGAACAGUUAAACAAAGGCAUAAACGCUCCCACAAAAAGACAGACACACAGACAUACAAACAUACAUACACACAUAUACAUUUAAAUCGUAAAACCGCUAAAAAUAAGAAAAUCGAAAUUCGAAAGAACCAACAAAAAAUAAUCAAUCCAUAAUUUGGACAUAAUAUUAGGAUAACAAAAAAAUAGAAACACACUAAUAAAAAUGCAGCCCCCACCGCGUAAGGGUAACUAUGUGAAAUUCCUAAAGAAUUUGCACACGGAACAAGUGGCCAAGUUGCAGUUGAAGAAUCAACAUGAGUGCGAUUUGCUCGAGGACAUACGACAAUUCACCAUCAAGCGAUCCGCCGUGGAAAAGUCCUACAGUGAAGCUCUGCUGAAGAUAUCCUCGCAGUAUUUGAACAAAAAGAUACCCAAUAUACCGGAUAUUAAAAUGGAAGGAAUGGAGGAACGAUGGAACAUGUGGAGCGUUUGGCGCACAGUUUUGGAAGAGAAUGAAAAAUUGGCUCGUGCUCGCCUCGCUGCCAUUGAAGUAUUUCAACAGCAAAUUGCCGAUGAGGCCAAAGUCUUGAGGGACUACAAAUUGGGCAUUGCCAAAAGAUCGCUGUCCUACAUUGUGAAUGUCCAGAAGGAGCUGCAUCUGAGUGUGGGCGACUUGGAUAAAACCAAAAAACAAUAUUUCGAUGAAGAGCAUUGUGCCCACGAUGUGCGUGACAAAGCUCGGGACAUUGAGGAGAAAUUGAAGAAGAAAAAAGGCUCAUUUUUCCAAUCUAUUACGUCGCUGCAGAAGAACAGUGCUCGAGUGACCUCGCGUAAGGAAUUGCUUGAGGAGAAGUCGACGGGAGCUCGCAAUGAUUACAUAUUAAGUUUGGCUGCGGCCAAUGCCCAUCAGAAUCGUUAUUUCACGGUUGACUUGCAGACUACCAUGACCACCAUGGAGAACUAUGUGUUCGAGCGAGUGGCUGAGUAUUUGACCCUGAUGGGCCGCACCGAAUUGCUAACCUGCUCGGCUACACAAAAUUCAUUUGGCAAGAUUCGUGACCAGGCCCAACAAUUGACACGGGAAUACAAUUUGCAAUGCUGUUACCUAUUCUAUCCGGUACUCAAGCAACACAUUCAAUAUGACUUUGAACCUUGCGACAAUGAUCCAGUGCGUAAAGUAACCACAGAACAUGAAUCGGCUGCUGAGACUUUGACAAAGGAAGCCAAGAAUUUAGCUGGGCGAGUGGUUAAGGAAAAUGUUUCAAUAAGGGAGAAUGCCAAAAAGUUGGCCAUAUGUCAGGCUCUUAGGGAUUCCGGGCAACGCAGCGAUCCAAAUGAUCCCAACGGUCCAGAUUUGGAUUCCAAAAUUGAGGAGUUCCGCGAUCAGAUACGAAGAUCAGAAACAGAAAAAGCUAAGGCCGAAGCUUGUUUGCAGAGUCUGCGUGAAGGAGGUAUUAAUGUAGACGAAUGGGUCCAGGAAGCCGAAAUUAUGGGUGCUCAAGAGUUAACCAGAUCGGCCAGUUCAAUUUCAAUGCGUACUGAUGCUUCAGGGCAAGGGGAAAAUCCCAGUUCAGAUUCAUUUUAUGAUAGCGACAAAGAGGAAGCUGCUGGCGGAGUUCCAGCUCCUGCGACAUCUGGAGCCAAGGAGGAACCUCAACUUACUCGCGACAGAACUUUCAGCGAUAGUGAUGAAGAAACGGAGGAAAACAUACCAGAGCCUACCACUCAAAUGCCGGCAAUGGCUGCAAUGACCACCAGUAGUGCUUGGGAGGAUCCCACUGAGGUGAAUUGGGGCGGUGACGAUGAAGAGGAGGAAACUGAAGAGCCCAUUGUUCCUGAACCCAAAGAGGCUAUUUUCAAGUGUACAGCUUUAUACAGCUAUACUGCUCAAAAUCCCGAUGAAUUGACCAUAGUUGAGAAUGAACAAUUGGAGGUGAUUGGCGAGGGCGAUGGUGAUGGCUGGUUAAGAGCACGCAAUUAUCGCGGCGAGGAGGGCUACGUACCCCACAAUUAUUUGGACAUCGAACAGGAUGCUGCUGGCAAUGGUAGUGCGGCUAAUCAAUUACGUUCGCAGAUCUCUUUCUCAUCUGUCGAUUACACAGUUGACACGGAGGAUCAAACAGUGGACUCCAUGCAAUCACCCGACCAGGUGUCAGUCAUUAUGGCACCACAAAAGAAGAAAUCCGACAUAAUGUAUUGCAUUGCCUUGUACGAUUAUGAUGCCACGGCCGAGGAUGAAUUGACGUUUGAGGAGGGUCAAAUUAUUAAGAUUGUAACAAAGACAGCCCAUGGCGUAGAUGAUGGCUGGUGGGAAGGUGAAUUGGAGGGUAAAUUUGGUAAUUUCCCUUCUCUGGUUGUGGAAGAAUGCGAUGAGAAUGGGGAACCUUUAACGGAGGGUGGCGAAGAUUCACCACCACCCACAGCACCACCCAGUUUCGCACUUCCACCUGCCCCAGCAUUGCCGCCAGAGUAUGCCCACGAAUUGACAGAGGAUAUGUUUGGUUCUCAAGAUACUGCGGAUGACGACAGUGGUUACAUACCCAAUGGCGCUGCGCCCAGCAUGCCUCCUCCAGCACCGAAUAAAAGCACUGCCAAAAAGGUACUCAUCCAAGAGCAAGGAGACGAGGACGAUAUCGAGGAAGAUGGUAACCCACCACCCUCACAGCCACCACCGUCAUUCGCUGCGCCCACGUUGGGUGCCAAGGUAUCAAAGGACAAAGGAAAUAGUUUAAAUUUAGGUAUGGCACAAAUUAUUGUAACCGCUGCAACCCCUAUGGUUGAAGACGGAUCCGAUAAAUCUUUCCCUCCAAUAGAAGAGAGAGGUAAUGGUCAAGCCGAGGAGGCCUCCAAUGGCAAAGCCGAGACUGCCGCGGGCGGUGGUGAUGACAAAAGCAAGACGAAGAAAGGAGACCAGACCACCAGGCAAACGGAUAAAGCACCAGUAAUUGAAGGUAAUGAAGCCCCAGAGGCUGUAAGUGUAUCAAUAACACUAACCUCGCCUACACCCAAUCCAGAGGACUUACCCUCAUCUGACCAGGAGCAUGAUUCAUCCGACGUCCAGCCCCUGGAAGAGGCUGAAGAUCCAUUCAAUGAGAAAUCCAAUGCUGCUGCUCCAUCAGAUUCUGCCGCUGGCUUUGAGGCUAACUUCGAGGCUAAUUUUGAUGCGAAUUUCGAUGAUGCCUUUGCUAAUGCCGGAGGCGGCGGAGGAGGAGGACCACAAAGUGUAGAUGAGUCAGAACAAGAACAGGCCGCCGAUGUGGAUGCGCCCAAGCAAGUGGUGGGCGGACGAGCUAGUAUACCCGAAGAAUUGGACUCGAAUCAAUUGGCUCGGUUACAGAAUCUGAAAGAAUCCAACGCUUAAAAUGCCAAUAUUACAAUAACACAUACACCCACACAAACGGCAUUAUUAGCACUAAGUACCAUAUGCAUAUAUAUAUGAAAAAAACUCUACUUAUAUAUAAAUAUGAUUAUGUAUACAAACAAACAAUCACACAGGCAAAUGAUGCAGCGAAAAUAAAAAAAUUUAGCAACAUAACAAAACUACAAAACAACAAAAUAAAAUUAUAAUAAAAAAAGAGCACUAGAAGAUACCUGCUGGGCAAUCACUUACUGACUCCUCAAAGUGAAAAUCAAGCAACGCAGUUGUAAAGGAAACGGAAAUACUCAAAAUUUAAAACUCACCGAUACACAAAUAUGAAUAUGCUCAAUGCCUGAAACACCAAUACACCAUCUACAGAAGUAUCUUGAUCUUGAAAAAGUUAUUUCAUAACUUUUAAAAAUUGAUCACUCAUCAGUCCCAACUGAUGCAUCGAGAAAAUCGUUGAGUACAUCAAAAUGUUCUUUUGUUAAAAAUUAUAUUCAACAUGAGAAAUUAUUUAAAACUAUUGAUAAUGAUUCGAUCCAUUCUACAUUUGAAGGCAUUUAUUUAAAUGGUUUAAUAUUAUAUGCAUAAAACAUAGAGCAUAGCAUAUUAAAAUCUUUUUGUUCUUGAUUUCAAAAACAUUCGCAUUCAUAUGGGAACUUUAGAAUAUUUUGCAUAUUUUUAUUACUAAUAUUGUAAAUUAAUGUAACUUAAUUAUGAAAACCAGUAUCGUAUUUCAUAUUCUGGAACACAAAUUAAAAUGUCAGAUUCCUGCUUUACUCUCAAAUGUGUUUCAUUUGAGUUCCAUAUAGUUCCGAUGGCUAUACGUGUUUGGGAUUGGGACGGCCUCAAAUUUACAAUCAAAACUUCAGUUUAAAACUUAAAAUGCUUGUAUUUCCUGAAAAUUUUUUCGGCAUACUUUGGACACAACAGAAAGAACACCGUAAUUGCUUACUGCUAAGUUGAGUAUGAUCCAUUAUAUAUAGCUUUAUACAUACAGUCAAUUUAAAAAGUUUACGUACUCAUUUGUUUGGCAACUAAAAGGGAUGUAAUCCCACCAUUAAUAUAUAGAUAUUUUUUAUCGGAAUGGGGAGUGGUUUCCAUUCGUCGGUUCACGAUUUUAACCGUAAUUUGAGUAUCGAUGUCUCCUGUAUAGGCUUACUCUUGUCAUAAAGUUGGUUUUAGUUGGCGACCAAAAUGAAACGUCCUUCUCGGACGAUGAUAUAUAAGGUCUUCCUGAUCCCAGCCUUGCGACUAAAGUGUUAGCAUUUAUAUAAUUAUUUAUGACUCUCUGUACAUAUGGAUGGGGUUUUUCAAUUUCAACUGAGGAUAUAUUUUACAAAUAUACAGUAAUAAUUAUUUUUCGCAUUUACAAAGAAUUUUCUGCUCCUUGACAUAUUCGACAUAUUACAUCGGAUAUACUAUUUACCGACAAUGUCAAUUGCCAUAUAAUUCCUCAAAAGUUCCCAAAAUAUCGAAAAGGAGAUGUGAGUUGUGUGCGUAAACUUUUUGGAUUUAUUUUUCUAGCUAUUUUUCUUUUUAAGAUCUCAUUGCAGGAUAUUGUCCGACUUUCGAUUACUGUUUAAUGUUUUCUAUUCAAAGAAUAGUGCAGCAAAAGACAUUUAAAAGUUAGCACAAAGUGUGUUGUUGCUAGAAGCAUUUGACUGGUUUCCUGCAUCGCGAUUUUAUUUUCGACCAAGAAAAAUCAUCAGCAGGAGAUGUAAAAUGGAUUAUGGUGCUUUACAACCAUUCCAACUAGAGUAUUGAGCUUAAAAAACAAGUCAAAUUCAAAUAUGUGCUUUACAACUUACUCUAGUUGGAAUGGUUGUAAAGCACCAUGAUCCAUUUUACAUCUGCUGCUGAUGAUUUUUCUUGGUCGAAAAUGAAAUCGUGAUGCAGGAAACCAGUCAAAUGCUUCUAGCAACAACACACUUUUUGCUAACUUUUAAAUGUCUUUUGCUAAGCUAUUCUUUGAAAAGAAAGCAUUAAACAAUGAUGGUCUAAAGCCGGACAAUAUCCUGCAAUGGCAUCUCAAUAAGAUUUUAAGACCAAAGAAAGAAAGCGCAAAACAGACUUUUUCGUUUUUCAUAGAUCUUAAGGUGCAAGUAAGAGUGAUAUCUGAAUUUUAGUUAUACAUAUUGGAUAGAUGAAUGUGUGAUUAAGCAAAUUAGAAAAAGUUAUAUUACGAAAUUUUUGCAUCAUGAGCAUUUUUUGCUGGUUUUUUGUUGAAUAAAUGAAGUGUACGUAAAUGUAUUUGAUUGACUGUACAUCGGUUUUUCGAUUAGAAAUAUAAGGAUAGUAUUCUGCAUUUAAAAGAGGUGUCGCUUUUCACCAUGUGAGGCCACGCUGAACGCCAGGGUUCGAAUCCUGGCGAGACCAUCAAAAAAAAUUUUCAGCGUUGGUUUUCCCCUCCUAAUGCUGGCAACGUUUGUGAGGUACUAUGCCAUGUAAAAACCUCUCUACAAGGUGUCAUAUUGCGGCACGCCGUUCGAACUCUGCUAUAAAAAGGAGGCCCCUUAUCAUUGAGCUUAAACUUGAAUCGGACAACACUCAUUGAUAUGUGAGAAGUUUGCCCCUGUUCCUUAGUGGAAUGUUCAGGGGAAAUUUUGCAAAUAAACAGAUCUACUGAUGUAUGAGAUUCUGAAUUUAUAAAGACUAUAUUACUUGGGUGUAAGUUUCCUCCUGACAAAAAACGCAAAAAGAUUAAAAGUUUUUCUUUAACAGUUGGAAUGAAUAAGAUUGGUGUUACAACCAGUAUUUACAAACCGUAGUAUAGUUUUGAAAUAGGUUUGUUUCACUGAUUUCCUUUAUAGAAAUGUCAUAUAAACCUUUUUAAGGCUUCAUUAGGUUUCGUGAAUAUGGCCGUAGGUCUCUCAAUUUCACUCGAAAGUAUUCUAACUAUAAGCCGAACUGAGUGCACCAUAAAUCUUUAAGCGUCAGAGAAAUAUCACAGGAAUCUAUUUAAAGAGAGUUUGCAUCAUAUUUAGAGAAGUUUGUUUUAUGACACCAUAGCAGAUAUCGCACCUGUCUUCACAAAUAGCAAAAUGUCUAUAUGCCUCUAUAUGCCAUUGAGACUCAUGUGAGUUAUAGUAUGAUAUGUAUCCUUAGCCAUCUUUCUUUAAAAAUGAUAUCCAAUUGAAAAAAAACCCUUAUACAAACUUUAACUAAUAUUCUUCGAGAUUAGAAUGCUUAAGGCUUAUUAAUAAAAUCUGACCAAUUCUAAAAAACAAAAACUAAUUAAAUGAGAAAAUUUCAAAAAAACCCACAGAAUAUAGAAACAACUCUAAAUUGCUCAGAAUAAACGGUAUUAAAUAAAUAACUUAACUUAACCAAGACUCUCUACUGAUAUGUUUCCCUUUAUCGAUAGAAGAGAACAAUAACUUUGCAUUACUCCUCCCAAAAUCUCAUCAAAAACUGCUCCAUAAACAAUUUAUACACAAUAAACAAGAAAAUAUUAUCUUAAACACAAGCAACUACUUUAUUAGGGAAUUCACAAGAAAAUUAUAAUAAUAAUUUAUUCAAAUAUAUAAAUAAAAAUAUUCAUAUUAUUAUAUUUAGUGUAAAUAUGAUAGAAAACCAUGAAUGAAAGAAACUCUUCAAUGCAAAAUACUUAUAAUGGUAACGUGUGAAUGUACUUCAUCAAGUUGUGCUGCUUAGAAAGAAAUUUUAAUGCAAUGGCAAAAUAAAAACGAAACUGGUUGACGUUCAUAUACAUAUUAUAUAGAAGAAAUUUAUUAUUAUUAUUAAAAUAAAUAUUGAAUUGAAUUAAAUUUAAUUAUAUUACAAAAACACUUUUGUUUGUUCACUUAUAUUGACAUAUUUACAGUCGCAUACAUACAUAAAUGUGAAACUAACUAUAUUAAAAAAAAAACACUUAACACUAAACUGUCAAUUGUUUAUAAUUUGUUCAUGAAAUAUCCCAUGAAUUUUGGAGAACAAUCAGAAUUUAGGAUUUUUCUUAAUUUAAAUCAAUUUUUUCUACAAUAAUUAUGCCAAAGCCUUUAAAACUCCAUGUACUCCCAACCCACUAUGACCAUGCCACAAGAACAUGUUGUCGUUAGCUUAUAAUGUAAAGGACUAUUUAGAAAAAUCUUAAUUUUCUACAUCAAAGCUACGGCGAUUUGAAGUCGGCCUUAGGAAUUGCGAUUUUUGGCCUCAUCGUAUUUUAAUCCAGUAUAUAAACAUUAUUUUUCCUAUAUAAACGUUAGUCGAUUGCCGAUAAGUUUGUAGAGUAAAAUUCAGAACUUUUAUAAGGGAAUUAAUUUUAUGCAAUUAUUUAUGUUAGAUUUUCUGAUAAGUGUAGAUUUAAGAAAUAAUCACUUUUUACAGUCUAAUGACAGUCAAGAUGAUGUUACAAUGUAAAGCGUUUUGAUAUCUUAUGGAUUUUUCUUUCUUCUGCAUGAGAUGUUUAUACCCUGCACCACCACUGUGGUACAGGGUAUUAUAACUUUGUGCAUUUGUUUGCAACGCUUAGAAGGAGAAGAGCUAAACCCAUUGAUAAGUACACCGAUCGGCUUAGAAUCACUUUCUUAUUCGUGAUUCGAAUUCUUCAAUACGUGCGCAAAAUUUCAUAAAAAUCGGUCCUGAUUUAGAUGUAGCUCCAAUAUAUAUACUUUAUCCGAUAUGGUCUUUUAAGACAGUAAAAGCCUCAAUAUUGAUCACAUCUCUACAAUAUAGGGCGUGAGAUGUUCUAUUUGACGUCCCAAUAUGUGUCAUUAAAAUUGGCACAGGUUUCGAUAUAACUCGCAUAUAAUUUUUUAUUUGAUAGGGCCUUGUAAGGAUGUGAAAAUCCAAAUUUGUUGUCCUGUCGUAGGAAAACCUUAGGAGGUUCUAUUUGAUAUUUCAAUAGGUAUCCAAAUUAAAGUCUGACUAAAUUUCGAGAUAUGUUCUACAUAUAACAAGUAAGAGCGUGCUAAGUUAGGCCGGGCCGAAUCUUUUAUACCCUCCACCACGGAUCGCAUUUGUCGUGUUCUUUGCGCGGUAUCUCUUUUUAGGCAAACAAAGAAUAUUGAUUAUGAACUGUUAUGCUAUUGGAGCUAUAUCAGGUUAUAGCUCGAUUCGGACCAUAAAUAAAUUGAAUGCUGAACCUUGUAGAUGUCAUUGUGUAAUAUUUCAGUCCAUUCGGAUAAGAAUUGCGCCUUGUAGGGGCUCAAAAAGCAAAAUCGGAAGAUCGGUUUAUAUGGGAGCUGUAUCAAGCUAUAUAGAUCGAUUCAGACCAUAUUAGACACGAAUGUUGAAAGUCAUGAGAGUAGCCGUUGUACAAAAUUUCAGCGAAAUGGGAUGGGAAAUGUCGCCCUCUAGCGGCUCAAGAAAUCAAGAUCCAAGAUCGGUUUAUAUGGCAGCUAUACCAGACUAUGAAUCAUACUUAGCACAGUUGUUGGAAAAGAUACCAAAACACCACGUGCAAAAUUUCAGUCAAAUCGGACAAGAAUUGCGCCCUCUAGAGGCUCAAGAAAUCAAGACCCAAAAUCGGUUUAUAUGGUAGCUAUAUCAAAACAUGGACCGAUUUGGACCAUUUACAAUCCCAACUGACCUACACUAAUAAAAAGUAUUUGUGCAAACUUUCUGUUCCUUAGUGGAAUGUUCAUGGGCAAAAUUUGCAAUUUUGCAGUUGAGAUCCUCAACUUAUAAAGUCGACUUAAGAAAUUUUAGAAAAAUUGGAUACAAAAUUCGUAUCCUAAAAGCCAAUGGAGUUUAAUUUUGAGAUCGGUAUAAUUGGAAUUUUUAUCGAAAUGUGCCAUCGUUACUGUUCCGCUUUUCGGGAAGUCUAAUUCAUGAAGUUUAAUAUUUACAUACAUAUAACAAUUUUUCAUAUAUCAUCGAAUAUAAACAAAAAUGAUCCAUUUAUGAGCUAAGGAGUUAAAAUCACGUGGCUAUGAAUCAGCUCUAUAAGAGCCUGCAUAUGAUAUAAUUCUUCUUUGAACUUUUCCUUCUUCUAAAUAAAGAACUGUUCAAGAUUCAGCGUAAGAUACUCCCUUCGAAUCGGUACAUCAUGAUUCCUAGAUCCACCUCAGGAUCACGUUAAACUUUCCUUUUUAAACUUUUCAAAUUAAUAUGUUCUUGUGGAAUAUAAUUAAAACUAGUACAAUAAAGCCCAAACUUAACUCAUAUCCUAAGUUCUUUAACUACAGUUCCAUUAAAGUCAACUCUAGAUGUGGUAUUAACGUAAUAUUCCUUUAACCCAACCAUAUGCCAAUUAGUUUCUUUAACAUAAACAAAAAUUCUCCUAUAUACAAACAUGCCUACUUACUAACAUACAUGCAUUCAUAUAUAUGUACCAUACAGCUAUAGUUAUAAAAUGUAUACACUAUUUAUUACAAAUUAUAAGACAUAUAUCUAUGUAAGCAUCCACAUACAAAUUCAUUGACAUUUGUGUAAACUUCUUAUUUGGUGGUCCAAAAAAAAAAACAAAACAAAAACAACGUACGUACAGCAUUUAGCAUUGUGUAAUCAUCACCAACACUUGUAUACAAUAUGUUUGUAUGUUUGUAUCACCCACGUAAUGCCUAAAAAUUGAUUAUUAUUUGCCAAUUGGUAAAGUUUUGAUAGUGAGUAUUAAUUUUAAACAAAUACAUUGCAAAGAAAAAAAAGUAAUGCAAACAAUACAAAUGGAAUUUUCUCAUUCUAAAAACCCUAACUCGUAUCUAUAAUAACAAUUCUAUUAAUUUGUUAUAUUUCAAUUCUAUGAUAAUCUAGAACAAUUUAGGAAAUAACCUAUUAAUAAAACUAACUUAUUACUUUGGGUAUUGUUGCUGUGAUUUUGGAUGGGUAAAAUAUUUUUUGGACUAUGAGCGUGGAGUUAAUGUUGAAUUUAACUCUCGAUCUAAGUCCCUCAAAUAAAUGCCCAUCAGAGGAGCCUUCAGUAAUGAUACAACUAUUACAAACA